AGAGACGCAGCGGUCCGGGGCCGAUAUCAGGCCGGACAGGGGAGGGGCGCUUCCCAGGCGGGGUGCCAGGGCCCGAGCGGAGAUCGCUCACUUUUCUUGGACUCACACCAGACUGUGGACACCAUAAGCAGCAAAGUGACCUAAGCGAGUGACUUGUGUGCUGCGCUUCUCUCGGAAACUUCUCGGGAUUACGGUGUCUGCGACCUGGUUCCGCCCCUUUUAGAAGUGAAACUUGCUUACAGAGUAGACUAAAAGCCAUGACAGUCAGUUGACUCGCUAGCGGUGCCGCGGGUGGCUCAGGAGGCGCCGCUGCCGUGGGAGGUGUCGCAGUCAAGAUCGCGAAGGGGAGCGGUCUGAGCUGGACCAGCAGGAAUUCUGUCCUUUGCCAUUGUUGUUUGUGAAGAUGGAAAACUUAAUAUCUCUGGAGUCAAGCUUUUACUUGAGAUAACUGAAACUUUAUAUUUUAAGUUCCCCUGGCCACGACGUCCCCCAAGAUGGCAGAGGAGAGCAGCAGUACCAGGGACUGCGUGUCCUUCAGCGUGCUCAACUGGGACCAGGUCAGCCGGCUGCAUGAGGUCCUGACCGAGGUCGUGCCCAUCCACGGGCGAGGCAACUUUCCAACCUUGGAGAUGACCUUGAAGGACAUCGUCCAGACCGUCCGCAGCCGGCUGGAGGAGGCAGGCAUCAAAGUGCAGGACGUCCGGCUGAACGGCUCUGCUGCUGGCCACGUUUUGGUCAAAGACAACGGCUUGGGGUGCAAAGACCUGGACCUCAUCUUCCACGUGGCUCUUCCCACCGAGGUCGAGUUCCAGCUGGUCAGGGAUGUGGUGCUGUGCUCCCUCCUGAACUUCCUGCCGGAGGGUGUGAACAAGCUCAAGAUCAGCCCGGUCACCCUGAAGGAGGCCUAUGUGCAGAAGCUGGUGAAGGUAUGCACAGACACUGACCGCUGGAGCCUCAUCUCCCUCUCCAACAAGAACGGCAGGAAUGUGGAGCUGAAGUUCGUUGACUCCAUCCGGCGUCAGUUUGAGUUUAGCGUGGACUCCUUCCAGAUCAUCCUGGACUCUCUGCUCUUUUUCUAUGACUGCUCCAGCCACCCCAUCUCUGAGCACCUCCACCCCACAGUGAUCGGGGAGAGCGUGUACGGGGACUUUGAGGAAGCCUUCGACCACCUGCAGAACAGACUGAUCGCCACCAAGAACCCCGAGGAGAUCAGGGGCGGGGGGCUGCUCAAGUACAGCAACCUCCUCGUGCGGGACUUCAGGCCCACAGACCAGGAGGAGAUCAAAACUCUCGAGCGUUACAUGUGCUCCAGGUUCUUCAUCGACUUCCCGGACAUCCUGGAACAGCAGAGGAAGUUGGAGACCUACCUGCAAAACCACUUUGCCGAAGGAGAGAGGAGCAAGUACGACUACCUCAUGAUCCUGCGCAGGGUCGUGAACGAGAGCACCGUGUGCCUCAUGGGCCAUGAGCGGAGGCAGACCCUGAACCUCAUCUCCCUCCUGGCCUUGCGCGUGCUGGCCGAGCAAAACAUCAUCCCCAGCGCCACCAACGUCACCUGCUACUACCAGCCGGCUCCUUAUGUCAGUGAUGGCAACUUCAACAACUACUACAUUGCCCAGCCUCCAGUGACCUACAGCCAGCCCUACCCCACCUGGCUGCCCUGUAACUAACCUUGAGACCUGAGGGUUUCCACAGUGGGAACCCUGUAGCGCAGAGGCUCUCAGGUAGGGGAGCCUCCCUCUAGAUGUAGGUGUUUGCCUUUUAAAGGGGAACUCAGCUCUGGUUCUGCUUUUUUUUCUUUGUGUCCCCUUUGGAAUGGGUCGACAGUGUGUCAUGAGCCAACCCUAAAGGGACCCAUUAUUCCAGUGACACUUCAGAAGAGGCUGUAGGAAGUAUGGCCUACCCACAUCUUUCCAAGAUAGACACUACCACGUCCCAUCCGGAGUGUGAGCACGGGGGCCCAAGCUCCGUGCGGUAGCCGAGACUGGGGAGGCGCCCGGGCGGCGUACGGGAAGUGCCACGCUGCUUGUCUUCUCUCUUGAGCCUGGGGUGGGCUCUGCCAGCGCCCGCCUGGGGUUCUCGGUUACAUGAAAGUUGUGCUGAUAGUCUAUUUUCUUGCAUCAGUUUUAGUCAGGCAGAAAAUGGCAAACAUGAGGGUGCUCCCGUGACUUCAGUUUUGUUCCAAGGACGGCAUUGCUUAUGUUAUUCCCUGUCAGCAGAGCUGAGGACUUCUUUCAUCAGUAAACCAAAGCCAGCCGCUGCCGAAUGGAGGUCUGGCUGGAAGUGGUUCAUGGUUUAGAUGCUAUGCUCUCGUGAGGAAUUGUGUGAGAUUGUUGAGGAAGAAAAAAAAAAAAAAAGAUCUUUUCUUGAAAAUGUAACUUGAAAACAAAUAAAAUGUGGAACAUAAUGUUAAGACAGAAUUGUGGUGGGGGUAGGGGUGAUUGUAAAUAGGAAACAUGAAUGUUCACUUUUUUCUUUAAGAAAUUCUUACUGAAUGACACUUCUUUUUUCCUCAUCCUCUCUUUUGUUUUUCUCUUUCUACGACUAAGGACUGUGCUGAGUGUAGGGUCAUUGGAAUAACUGACGUGUGAGGGUCUUCCCGUGUUUUAAUUGGAAACCCAUUUUGGUCACAUUCCAAGUAUGACAAGCUGUUUUUCUGGAGUACUUGGGCUGAUAUUUUUGUGUUUUGUUUUUGUUUUUGUUUUUGUUCAAAAGUAGCGAUUUCCUUCUCCAGAGUGUUUUGUUUUGUUUUUGACAGCAAUGAAUUUGGGAGUUUCAGUAAAAUUGAGCAGCCUGUGGAGCGACCUGCCCCUGUGGUCAGGUAUCUGUGGCUUAAAAUGGCUGUGGGUUGGAGCCCGCGGUCCCUGUGCUGUGCAUGAGGUAGAGGGUGAGCGUCCAGUCGGACCUGUCAGCAGGCACUGAGGCACCUUGCAGUGGUCCAUCCUACUGUGUCUGGGCAUGAACUGAGUGAAUGAAGAAGAAUCUCCCUUACGCUGGUAGAUUUGACUAUGCCUGUUUAUAUUCUGCACUUUAGAAGGAAAACAGUAUUAACCUCUAGUCUGAAGCAAGCUUAGCAGAUGGGAGAGCUCGAAGCUGCUGCUUUCCCAGUAGAUUAAGGAAGGGGUUUUGUAUUUGGAAAUUUCAUGUGUGAACUCUUAGCAAGCAUCAUUUCAGGGUGUCAAGGGUAAAGAAACCCAGCAUUGCCAGCCAGCUUGGUUUCUAAAGUGAUUUGAUCCUACAUGUGGCCCUGAUUGGACAUUCCUCCUGUGGCCAGGCACACGCCAAGCCCUGGGCGUGUGCUUCCUCGUCGCUUUAAUAAGCAAUGAAGUUACCUUCGUGCAGAAAUGCUUAAUAGAAAAUGAGUGGUUUACCUUUUUCUGAAGAUUACAUUUUCAGGGUUUUUUCUGGACUGUGGUAUCUUGGCCUCUUAAAAAGCAGGCGGGGGCGCGACUGAACCCCAAGGCUUAGCUGCUGUCCAGGCUGUGCUCCAGGAGGUGGAGAGAAGCCACUUCCUAGCAUGACCAGCUCCUGUGUCUCUCUGAGCCGCUCAUAUCUGAACUCACUGGCUUUGAGUCAAGGCCAGUUUAACAUUGGAGGGGAGGGGCGGGGUGCUUCAGUGUUAAAAGG